GCUGAACGUGGCUGCGAUUUCUGUCCCUUUGCCUCAACUAACCCUGUGCUCCUGAGAGAUGGAAAAUUUUCGAAUUCAUACCUUCUCCGCUCUACCCUCUCAACCACCACGGCCGCAAUCUACACGGAAUCCACACUCUAAGGUCCGUACCGGUUGUACCAUAUGUGAGCCUACCCGCGCAUCGACCGUCAUGGAGCAGCAUAUCUGCAGGUGCUAAUCAUAGACUGCCAGGCAAGUAAGAAGUGCUUGCACCCGCUCUUCACUGUCUAUGCACAAGAGUUGACUGUUGUGGCCGGCGUUUCCUAGGCAGAGGCGCGUGAAAUGUGACGAAACCAGACCAUCUUGUCUCCGUUGCGUCAAGCGGAAAAUCACGUGUAGCGGAUUCCAGGCGACCAAAACGCAAGUUGGCUCUUGUCGAACCCUCGUCCCAACCGUCAAGAUCCCUUCGAUCCUAUCCUCACCAGGCUCAGCAAUAUUCCGCUCUGAAUGGGAGAAGGUCUAUUUCGAGACCUGGAUCUCGGCCAAGAAUGAGCUUUGUGGAGAUGAACUCUUCGAUGUAUUUUCCGUCAUGGUCACGCAAGUGGCAACUCAAAACUGCCUCUUGAAGGAGGCCGUCCUGGCGCUUGGGGCGCUCAAGAUUGCGCUGAUUCAACAGACUGAUCUGCUUCCACUGGAACAGUCAAAAGCAAGCGUGCAUUAUCGUACAGCGUUAUCGAGAUACGGCAACGCAAUGCGUACCUUGGUUGCCAUAGCCGCCAACGAGGAUACAAUCAGCACCAUUCUCCAGUGCUGCAUCGUCUUCUUCUGCUUCGACCUCCUGGACGGGAACCACAAGGCAGCACACGUUCACAUUCAUUAUGGAACUCGGAUCCUCCGAAACUUUCUGAGGGCUAGAUGCCCUGGAACGGACCUCGAUAUUUGCGCCAACUCUCCUGUGCCCUAUCUCAUUGAUGGUUCAAUGGUUCACAUCUUCCAAAGAUGCAAUUCCGUCUCGUACGUACAUCUCGCGCCCAGAAGACCGUGUCAGCCGUCCGAGCCACAGCUCGACGCAGGAGUUGACACAUCUACGACUCUCAAGACAAUUUUGCCACAAUCCUUCUCUAGCGUAAAAGAAGCGGUCAGAUGGCUAGACCUGAUCCAGAACGCCCUCUUCGCCCCCAUCAUUGCCUCGAAACAGCCGUCAAGCUUGGGGGGCAGGUGGAAAACAGAAAGGAGGCGCUUCCUGGAGAUUCUGGACAAUUGGGCUGUUGCAUUCCGGCCCCAGGCGGCGCAGGAAGCGCAGGCCGGCGGCGACAACCCCCGACCGAGAGAGCAAGUCAUAGCGACGGAGAUGCAGUGGCACAACGCCUACAUCUUCGUCUACACCUCGCACUACCAUCACUACCCGAGUCUAGUGGAGAUGGAGUCAAGAUUCAGAGCCAUCGUGAACUUGGCUAAUCUCCUGACAGAUCGGCCACACCGAGCCAAGCCGGUCAUACCUUUGACUAUUUCUGGUUCCCUUCUUCCUCUGUUUGUGGUAGCGAAUAAAUGUCGGAAUGUCGAGGUACGGCUGGCCGCAGAGAAGGCUGUUCGUCGGCUAAAUCACCGGGUGGAAGGACUCUGGGAUAGUCGUGCAGCCCUAGCCCUGAUUGAAUGGGCCAGGAGAACGGAGGAUGCAUAUAUGACCCAGUUUGACGACUCCGAGACGGUGUGGACAAGACUUCGUGGCCGAUACAUCCUUUUUGGUGGCCGGCAGGGUGACCAGCCAAAUCAGGCAGUUGUUGGGUCUCAAGUCCUUGAGGACGGGGAGUGGGUGUAUCACGAGGAGACAUUAACGUGGUGAUUUAGUCAUCUGGUAUAUCACCUGUAGAUUGGACUUGUGCCAACUCGUCUCCGGGGAUGAAAAGGUUGGACCUGCUUGCCUCGAAUGAAUGCAACCCGGAGUCAGCCGUACCCGCGGUGUCUAUCAUGUAGUACAAAAGCCAAUGGCGGACCAGAGUAAUUGCUUGCAGGUCGUUGAAUGCCCCGCGGCUCACUAUAAUGCCG